CUUGUUUGCCGGUGCCAGACAGCCACUAGCAAGACGGUUCGUGCUGCUGCAGUAUCAUCAAAAUGCAGGAUAUUUCGGAACGUAUUCUAAAAUACAUCGCCGACCAUGGCGAAGUGGAUACGCUCGAUCUGGCCACCAUUUUCGGCGAGGAUCAUCAAAAGGUUGUCGGCGGCGUGAAGAGUAUCGAGGCGACGGGCGAGCUGAUCCGCUCCGUGCCAAGCACGCGCAAAUCCUGGAAGCUGACUGCCGAAGGCCGGGACAUACUGGAGCACGGAAGCCACGAAGCAAACGUGUUCCAGGCGGUCCCCAAGGAUGGCAUAGCGCAAAGCGAGCUGAUGAAGUGUGGUGGCAAGAAUCCGAAGGCUGGCUUCAGCAAAGCAAUGUCGAACGGGUGGAUCUACAUCGACAAGUCUGGCGGGGCCCCGCUGGUCCGGCGCAAGGUCGACACAAUCGACGAUGAGGUCGGUGCGCACGUGAAAGCCAUCGCCGGGGGAAAGGAAUCGAGCGUACCGGACGGGGUGAAAAAUGAGUACAAGAAGCGUAAGAUUUUGGAGGAAAGUGUGACGAAAAGCUUCGUCCUAUCGAAAGGGCCCGAAUUUGCCACCACGCUCAAGAAGCUGGAAACCGACCUGACGGUGGAAAUGUUGGCAAGCGGCCUGUGGAAAGAUCUAAAGUUCAAGGCGUACAACUUUGAUGCGCUCGGUGCACCGCCCGGCCGGGGCCAGCUGCAUCCGCUGAUGAAGGUGCGCACCGAGUUCCGGCAGAUCUUCCUCGAGAUGGGCUUCUCCGAGAUGCCGACGAACAACUUCGUGGAGUCGGGCUUCUGGAACUUUGACGCACUGUACGUGCCGCAGCAGCAUCCGGCGCGCGACCAGCAGGACACGUUCUUCGUGUCCCACCCGAAGAUGAGCGACAAGUUCCCGCUGGCGCUAGUGGACGCAGUGCGCGAUUCGCACGAGCGCGGUGUCGACGGUUCGAUCGGCUACCGGUACGACUGGAAGCUGGACGAGGGGCGGAAGAACGUGCUGCGCACGCACACGACCGGUGUGAGCGCGCGCAUGCUGUACAAGAUCUCCCACCAGCCCGGUGGGUUCAAGCCGAUCAAGUACUUCAGCAUCGACAAGGUGUUCCGGAACGAAACGUUGGACGCGACGCAUCUGGCCGAGUUCCACCAGGUGGAGGGCGUCGUGGCGGACUACGGCAUCACGCUUGGCGAUCUGAUCGGUACGUUCAAUGCGUUCUUCAACAAGCUCGGCAUCACGGAGCUGGAGUACAAGCCCACCUUCAACCCGUACACGGAACCGUCGAUGGAGAUCUUUUGCUUCCAUCCCGGGCUGCAGCGAUGGAUCGAGGUGGGCAACUCGGGAGUGUUCCGGCCGGAGAUGACCCGGCCGCUCGGCGUGCCCAAGGGUGUGAACGUAAUUGCCUGGGGGCUGUCGCUCGAGCGUCCCACGAUGAUCAAGUACGGUUUGAACAACAUACGUGACCUUAUUGGCCCGAAGGUGGAUCUGAAGAUGGUGCAGGAUAACCCAAUCUGCCGUAUGGACUGUUAAUUUAAACAAAAAAGCAAGCCGAACAAUACAUUCACAAUUCUGCUGCCACGUA